UAGUGUUCCGCUGCGUCGGGAUCACAGGACGCAAAUCAAGUGAAACAAAUCUUCUGACAGGAGAAAAGUUCAUGCUGGAGUUUUCAAAGACCCCAGAGGGCCACAUGAAGUCCAAGCUGAACAUGGAGAGUUUGACCAAGCCAGAGUUGCUGAUGCUUUUCAGCAUCCUGGAAGGAGAGCUGGAGGCCCGAGACCUGGUCAUUGAUGCCCUAAAGGCCCAGCGUAAAGACCUGUUUAUCCAGGAGCGCUAUGGUAGGUACAACCUCAGCGACCCCUUCCUGGCCUUGCAGAGAGACAGCGAGGUCGUUGGGGGCCAGAACAAGGACCCAGGCUGUUCUUCCUCCACCUCCAACCCUCUGGUGGUUCUCAAACUGGUGGUGAGCCACUGCAGGAGGAUGCAAGAGAAGAUGUUGGCCCAGCUGGCCGCAGCGGAGAGCAGGCACAGGAGGGUCAUUGCAGAUCUGGAGGAGGAAAAGAGGAGGCAUGCUGAGGACACAGCAGAGGGAGAUGAUGUCACUUACAUCCUGGAGAAGGAGAGGGAGCGCUUACAACAACAGCUGGAGUUUGAGCGAAGCCAGGUCCGGCGGUUGGAAAAAGAACAGCGGCGGAUUACCGACCAGCUAGAAGAAGAACGGGCCCAGCACAAACAGCUCUCCUGCGCUUUGGCCAAAGAGUGCAAGUGGGCAAGUGCCCGAGCUCUGGAAGAGGGUCACCGGCUGACUGAGCUGAGCCGUAAACUUGACAAGGAAAAGGAGGCUUGUCAGGCCCUGAAGAAAGAGCUGGAGGAUGAGAGGAGGAGAGCCCUUAGGAUGGAGGCGAGGGUGGAGGAGCAGCUGGCUGAGUUUGACACGGAGCGAGAACAACUCCGCUCACGACUGAAGAAGGAGGAAGCUCACUGUUGUCAGCUACAACAGCAGGUAGAAGAGCUGAAGAGGAGCCUGGAGGAAGUGACUAUGAUGAGAGAUACAGCUCCAGCGGCAGGAGGAAAGGAGUGGGCCACAAAAGCUCCUCCAGGAAAGACAGCAGUAGACACUAUUAAGGUCGAGGACAUUGAGGAAGACAGAAACCAGCCACCUGCGCAACCUAAAGUCAACGGUCACCAUUGUCCAGUGGAGACCAAUGGUCACCAUGGUCCAAACAACACCCUCUCAGAGAAGAUUUGCCUACAGAAUGGCAACGAAAAUCCUCCAGUUCAUCAGACUCAGAUGUCAUUCUCCUCCUGCAAUGCUUCCCCCUCCACUCUCCCUCCUUCCUCUCCUUGUGCCUCGCCUGUUCUUGCCCAGCGUCCACCAGGCAGCCCAAGUCCUGGUAGCUACCAGUCUCCCUACCAGGCUGGGAUCAACCAGCGCUUCCACGCUGCUCGUCACAGGUUCCAGGGAACCACUGACCCAGAACCUCAGUCCCAGGCCACACAGCCUGCUCUUCCUCUCUCACCAAAGGAACUCUCCCCGGUGACCAGCACCUCCUCCCCAGAAGCCAGUCCAGUCAAGCAGAUGGCCCGGAGCACAGUCACUCAAGUCCUGUCUCGUUUCACCACUGUCCAGCAGAGCGCCACCGCAAAGCUUGCGGCACCAAACAAUUCACCCUUCGGUACAGACUACCGCAGCCUGGCUGCGCCCUUGUCUCCUGUCAUCGGAAGGGCUGCAGCAGUACUUCCACAGGGCAUCAGAUCACCCACCAUCCCCAGGGCAGAUAGGGGCAAUCCUCCACCCAUCCCCCCUAAGAAGCCCGGUCUGGCCCAGGCCCCUCCCUCCCCGGCUGCGGUGCCCAGAUCUGCCAGCCAUUUCUCCGACAGCCCACUCUCAGGCAGCUGUGGCCUCACCUCCGGCCAGGAGGGAGUCAAAGAACUGGACAUGGUGGUUUCAUCUAAUUAAGUGAUGGCAAUAAAUUUGUCAGCUGCUGCUCUGCUACAUCACAGCUUAAUUCACAUCUCAUAAUUGAGAUUGAGAUACGUCUUGUAGAUGAAAGGAUUUAUAUCCUGUGCUUAUUAGAACAGAGGUCCCCUCACACACUGUUAUGCUAUUUGUAUUUAUUAGAUUUUUUUUAUAUGCGUUGAGGCACUAUGUUAGGUAGUUAUUAAGGGGUUGGUACUAAUGAGCAGCUACAAGAGAUAGUUUUAGUUUCAAAAUGUGCCAAUACUGUAUGUUGGGCACAGCAUACUGUUUCUUUUUUUAUGGUGUCAUGUUUCCAAAGAAUACACAACAACUUAUUAAAUGACGAGGUACUAUUUUUCCCCUUAUACUUUGUCUCAAGUAUGUAUGCUAAUAUUAUAACAAAUAAUCAUCAGACCAAAUUUAAUAAGUCAUCAUUGGACCAAUGUAUGCUACAUAGUCUCAUUUCAUUGUAAAGUAAUUUGUAGCUGUCGUUUUUAUAAAAAUGUAUAGUUUAUUUUAUUACUGUUCCUUAGUUAUUAAUGUAUAAUAGUUUUAUACCACAGAUAAUCUAAUCACUGUUGGACUGUGCAUUGCUCAUGUAUUACUUUAAUGUUGCACAAUUAUGAUAAAGAUCAUAUAGGCUCAGAUUACAUGCAGUCAUCAUUGUACAGUUUGUUUAAUAUUAGUGAUUCGUGUAUAAGAAACCAUCAUAAGACACCGCAAGUACAUUAUAGUUUUCCAUGGCUUUGAUUUAUAUCUUAACAUAACUGCCAUGUUUGCUAUCUCUUCUUUUAUCAAAUCCUUUACAGUACUGUAUAUGCUGGAAAGUGACAGACUUAAUAAAUUAAUCCCAAAGUUU